CAACUUUUUUUUUUAAAUGCUUGGCGUUCAUCCAACAAAAAUAAAAUAAAACAAAUGACACUCGCCCACAGUGUAUCCAAGACUAGACAGGGCUAGACAACGGCGAUAGGAACAUCGCAGGCCGCACCCAUUAAGAAAGAGAGGGAGCCAAGUUUCAUGGGUUCAACAACAGCUUUGAAAUGAACGGUUUAAUGCUGGCCUCGGAAGCAAUGUCCGCUCUCAACAUGACAUGGCAUUGCAUUGUAUCAAAGUUCAACGUACGUGCGCUGUGACAUUUUUAUAGAGGGCUACGGUUUACCUCAGCAGAGUAUAUGUAGUAUCACGCCACCCCUUCCUUGCUUCAUCCAAAUCCGCUCGCCCUGACCAUGGCCACCUCAAGCCCAUUCAUCUUCACCCGAGGACUCAUCAGUCGCCAUGCUUUCCUGCAGCGGGCGCCAGCUGCUGCUGGUCCAGGCACCGCUCGUCUGCUCUCACUCCCCUCCUCCGCCUGCCCUUCUCCUCCUUCUCUUCCUUCCUUCCUUCUCUCCUCUUCCCCAUAUUUUCCCCGUCCUCGCUCCCGCAUCCUCUCCUCUUCACCUCCUCUUCCUCGUCUUCCUCGUCCUACCUCUCUUUUCCCAACCUACUCCACAACCACUACUGCAACCAUGGGUAACGCCGACGUCGCCGCUCCUACUCCCGCUCCUCUGACCUCGACCAUCGCUGCUGAUGUCGACUUAUCGCAGUACGACGAUGAGCAGGUCAAGCUCAUGGAGGAGAUGUGCAUCGUUAUUGACCGUGACGAUAAGCGCAUCGGUGCCAACAGCAAGAAGGCCUGCCAUUUGAUGACCAACAUCAUGGAUCACAACCUUUUACACCGCGCCUUCUCUGUCUUCCUCUUCUCUGCCGAUGGCACCAAGCUCCUUUUGCAGCAGCGCGCCACUGAAAAGAUCACCUUCCCGGACGCAUGGACCAACACCUGCUGCUCUCAUCCUCUCAACACUGCAGAUGAAUUGAUCGAGAAGGACAACCUCGGAGUUCGCACAGCUGCCCAGCGCAAGUUAUUCCACGAGCUCGGCAUUGAGGCCCAGGACGUUCCCCUGGAUCAGUUCCACUUCUUGACCCGCAUCCACUACUUGGCCCCCUCGAACGAGACCUGGGGUGAGCACGAGAUCGAUUACAUUCUCUUUAUGAGACCCCAACACAAGGAUUACGUGGACAUGAAGCCAAGCCCGAACGAGGUCCGGGAUGUUCUUUGGGUGGAUAAGGAAGAGCUGAAGGAGCUUUUGGCCAAGGGCGUGACCCCUGGUAGCGGUAUCAUUGUCACUCCCUGGUUCAAGCUGAUCUGCGAUAACUUCUUGUUUGGCUGGUGGGACAGGAUGUUGGCCCAGGGUGGUGUUGACAAGGUUGCUCAGUCCGAUGAAAUCGAGAAGAUCUACCGCCUGUGAACAUCCAAUUACUUACAAGAGCACCCCCCUAUUGCAUAAUUACACCCCACUAGUUUUCUUCAAUUCUCCACUCACCAUUCAAAUAAACAAUUUUAUACACAGUG